AUGGCUCGGCUGCCUGCCGCCCUGCCGAUCGACCCUCACUUUCCUGUCGAGUCCUCGAUCUAUGCAGAUGACAUCGCCCUGUGGGUCCGAGGACGACCGCAGCACCUUCGCAGCGCACGCAAGGCCCUGCAGCGAGCCUUGGACACUGCAGCGGCCUACCUGAGCAGCAUCGGCCUGGACAUCUCGGCCGAGAAGACGGAGGCCAUGCUGCUCCACCCGCGAGCAGCCGCUCGCCGCCAAGCUGCCCGGCUGCACCUGCAGGACGUCGCCAUCCCCUGGAGCACGGCAGUCACAUACCUGGGGCUACGCAUUGACCACCGGCUCACCUGGCUGCCUGCUGCCAGGGCCCUGUACGCGCAGGUACUCCGGGUCCUCAAGGCCGUCUCGCAGCUCCUCGCCCGCGGACAAGGCUGCACAACCAGGUGGGCCUUGCAACUCUUCGAUGCAGCAGCCACCUCACGCCUGCGGUAUGCCCUCCCACUGGUGGCGCUACCACCACCCCACCUGAAGAAGCUAGAGCUGCAACACCGGGCAGCAGUUCGGCUCUGCCUAGGUGUUCCGCGCAAUUCGCAGGUCGCUGCCACCCUGGCCGAGGCUGGAGCGUGGCCCUUGCCGCGGCUGCUCCUACAGCAGGGCCUGCGGCACAUCGACCGACUCCACCAUGCUGCAGACGGCGCUGGCCUGCUGACCCGCUUGCGCUCACGGCCUUCCUCGCAGAUGGGGCGGCUGUGCUGCCUGUACGAGGAGCUACCAGGCAUCACCAAGCGGCGAUCACCGACCUGCGCAUUGCAGCAGACGGCGGCCUCACUGCUCCACGAGGACCUUGAGGGCCACCUGCAGGUGUUCGUCGAUGGCUCCGUGGUCCCCGACACAGGCUCGUCGACGGCGGCGUGCAUCAUACCUGCCCUGCAGAAGAGUAGGCAGUGUCGCCUUCCAGCCCAUGCGAGCUCCACAGCAGCGGAGGUAGCAGGCCUCCACCUUGCUGUCGACCUGCUCACAGCGGAACCCCCAGAGACUCCAGCAGCAAUCUUCUGCGACUCCAAGGCAGCCCUCUUGAGCCUGCAGAGGCCGGAGAGGACGAGCCUGGGGGUCGCCCUCCUCUCAACGCGACUGGCGGCACUACAGGAUGCAGGUUGCCCGGUGUCCCUGCACUGGAUCCCCGCUCAUGUAGGCAUCCCGGGCAACGAGGAGGCUGAUGCCCUAGCCAAGAGUGCCCACCACGGUGACGUCCCCUUGAGUGCGGCAGUCACAGCCGCGGACUUCACGAGGCUCCGACUUCAGAGGCACCUCCAGGUGUCCCAUCCUGACAAGCGCGUGUCCUUGGAACACCCCCCACGGCAGCUACCACAACGCGGCCUUGCACGGAGGGAGAGUUCGCUGCUACUCCGGCUGAGAAUCGGCUGUUGCUGGACAGCCGCACGACGCCAUCGGCUUGGCCUCAUCGCCUCACCUGCCUGCGCCUCCUGUGGUGAGCCAGAGACACUGGAGCACCUCCUGCUGGCCUGCCCGGCACACAACCAACCCCGUGGACUGCUCCUGCAGGAGUUUCGCCGCCUUGGACUUCCCACCACACGACAGGAGGACAUCCUCUUCCCCCGUCGAAACCACCUCCCGGCCCUGCUCAGCGUAGUUGAGUACCUGGACUCAUCAGGGCUCUCAACAACUCUCUAA